CACAACAGACACAUGCAACACUUUGCCCAUUUCGAUGUCUCUUGCAAGACCAGAACGCCAUGAGCCGGUCUUCGAGGAGAAAAUGCAGCCACUUGCGCGCAUGGCCGCCCCUUCUGCGUCACCUGCGCGCACACCUGUGAGGAGGUCAGGCCCGCGGCAGGGCGAGGCACUGUGUUUCAGUACUCCUCAACGGUGUAAAGGCGAUGGUGUGGCAUUGGCUGGUCUAAGGAUUUUUUGCGUGGAGCGCUUUGGUAGUCUGCGAGCAGCCUUCGAGCGUAUGGACUUCCACCGCGAUGGGCACGUGAGUUGCUUAGAGUUUCAGGAGGUGAUCAGUGGUCAGGAGCGGUACUGCCAGCUUCAGGAGGCCCGUGAGCUCUUCAGUGUGCUGGCCAAGGGGACCGCUGGUUGGCUCAACUGGGAGGUCUUCCGGAAGCGCUUGCAGGGCGCCUGGAACGAUCCUGAGGACCUUGAAAUGACUUCCUGCCACUCCGAAAGCGCGUCGGCAGUGGCCAGUCAUGCUUUGCGGAACUUACUGCUCAAGGAAAGGUCUCCACCGACGCCGCGGGGCGGCGCCAGCGCCGCCUCCACGGCGAUGCCGACGGAGGCGGUCGCUUUGGAGCCCUCGUGGGCCUCACUGUCCUCAGGGCAUGGGGCGCCCUUCUCUCCGAUGCCUGGCAGACAUCUGGAUGCACGCCUCUCUGGCCGACUUCGGCCCACUUCGCAGGAGGAUGCCCGGCUCGACACUUGCUCUUCGCCCGGCGCUCGUGCUUUCACGAGCACCCUCUCAUCCCCGCUCUCGCUGGCGGAACAGCUCUUCCGAGGCGCUCUGCAAGAGAGUCCAGAUGCGCAGCGGAUCCCGCACCGUGAGGGGUCCGUGGCGCGGAAUCGCGGAGGUGACGCCUUGCGAAAGCUGGAGGAAAGCUUGUUCUCCUUGCAGGGGGAGGCGGCGGUGGAAUCUGGCGGCGUCUCCGGGGUCUUUCAUCCGCCCCGGAGUUGGCUGAUCUGCUCCGCGCUGGUCUUUUGGGUCUUCUACUAUCUGGAGGUCUCUUCCGUUCGACCUUGGCUCCGAUGCCAGCCGGGGUAUCUACAGUAUCCAGUGUCAGCCAUCUGGUGCUGCCUUCUCAACGUGCUCUUCGUGGUGACACCGCUGUAUGUCAUCCUCGAGAACGGAGGCUCAUUGAAACAGCUGGGAUUGUGGCGUCCAGAUAUUGGAGAUGUGGGCUAUCAGAUGAUCUUAAGUUGGUUCUUCGCUGCGCGGAUCUUGAAGCUGGCCCCGGACACGGCCUUUAAGAAGGAAGAGAGGUCUCGGGUCUUGACGCAGAUCGCUUGGAACCUCUCCACGGUGUGGAAAUGGUUCUUCAC